AUUUCCCCCUCUCUGUGACGCAACAUCCGGUAUCACACCGACGACUCCUCCUUUGUCUAGAAACCUCCCUGCUUUCUUUUUUACCCCGCCUUGUUUAUAUAUUUAUUUCCUUUUUAAUUUAAGGGGGUAUAUUUUAUAUAUAUCCGUCUUUUUCAGCAAUUGAAUGACAGUCGGUUCUGAUACAUAUAUGCCUAAGAGCAAAGCCCCGAAAAUGGACGACCUGGACUACAUCCCAGCUGAUCUGAGCCCAGAGGAGCGGGCGGAGCUGGAGGAGAUCCGGCGGAGGAAAGGCGCGCUGCUGCUGGAGAUCCAGCGGCUCCGAGAGGAGUUGCGGGAGGCCAUGAUGGAGGUGGAAGGGCUGGAGAACAGCACGGAGGGCAGCAAAACACUCCAGAAGAGUCGGCAUGUGGCUAUGGGGAGGAAAAAAUUCAACAUGGACCCCAAAAAGGGUAUUGCGUUCCUGGUGGAGAACGAGCUGCUCCGUCACACCCCUGAGGAAAUCGCUCAGUUCCUCUAUAAAGGGGAGGGGCUUAACAAAACGGCCAUCGGAGACUAUCUGGGAGAGAGAGAUGAGUUCAACAUUCGGGUUCUGCAGGCGUUUGUUGACCUUCAUGAAUUUACGGAUCUCAACCUGGUUCAGGCUCUCAGGCAGUUCCUGUGGAGUUUCCGUUUGCCUGGUGAAGCGCAGAAGAUUGAUAGAAUGAUGGAAGCGUUUGCGCAGAGAUACUGUCACUGCAACCCUGGAGUGUUUCAGAGCACCGACACCUGUUACGUGCUGUCGUUUGCCAUCAUCAUGCUGAACACCAGCCUCCACAACCCCAAUGUUCGAGACAAACCCACAGUGGAGCGCUUCAUCAGCAUGAACCGGGGGAUCAACGAGGGCGGAGACCUACCUGAGGAGCUGCUCCGAAAUCUGUACGACAGCAUUAAGAAUGAGCCAUUCAAAAUCCCAGAGGAUGAUGGGAAUGAUCUGACUCACACUUUCUUCAACCCAGACCGAGAGGGCUGGCUUCUCAAACUGGGAGGACGAGUGAAAACAUGGAAGAGGCGAUGGUUCAUUCUGACUGAUAACUGCCUGUAUUAUUUUGAGUACACUACAGACAAGGAGCCGAGAGGCAUCAUCCCCCUGGAAAACCUGAGCAUUCGGGAAGUGGAAGAUCCGCGAAAACCCAACUGCUUCGAGCUCUACAUCCCGAAUAACCGAGGGCAGCUCAUUAAGGCGUGUAAAACGGAAGCUGACGGACGAGUGGUGGAGGGCAAUCACAUGGUCUACCGAAUCUCCGCCCCCACGCCGGAGGAGAAGGACGAGUGGAUCCACAGCAUCAAGUCGGCGGUGAGCGUGGACCCUUUCUACGAGAUGCUGGCUGCAAGGAAGAAACGCAUCUCGCUGAAGAAGAAAGAAGAGCAGGCUUAGGACCUGCUUCUCCUUCUCCUCUUCCUCAUCCCGUCAUCCUUUGUUCAUUCCUCAAUCAUCUACACCUCAUUAUUUAUCCCGCCUCUAAGGACUGUUUAUUAGAGGACGGGGCCAACGUGAGCUUCAGUGUUUCAUUCACUCCUGUGCUUCACUACGUUACCCCGCUCAGGCUUAGCCCUCUUGCGAAGAGAAAAGAAGAAAAAAAAAGGUACUCCGAAGCUAGCAGGAAGUGGUAUUAACAGGAAGUGUUAGUCCUUAGCGUCCAUUACACACUACUGUCCCGAGAUUAUACUCGCCGUCAUCAUUUCAUCGUCCUGACACAAAACUACUGAAUUUACUCACAAGCUUGCACAUUACUGUCCAUACACACUACUAGUGCUCGACACUACUUUCAGUACACACUAUGUUCACUAUAAACUAGUGUCCCUAAUACCCGCGACAAGUCCCUACACUCUACUAGUGCUUACUACUGCUGUUUGCCGGUCUUCCUCGCUCCUUAAUCAGAUACUGUGAAACACUCUUUUACUGAAACACUGAUACACAAUUACAAGUCACUUAUCACAUGGAUAUGACCUCAUCAUCUUCAUCAUCAUCAUCAUCGUCAUCUUAGAUCAUCAACAUGAUCUGUCCUUUACUGACUUUCUUUUAAAGACUCAGGAAGGACUAGUGUCUAGGGAUUAAGUUACUCAAGCUUUUUUAUUAAGUCCUGGCUCUUUGCACUUUCUCAUGAUUAAGUAGUGCACCAUAUGUCCAUUAAUAUAUUGAGUGCCCAAUAAUAUUGAGUGCAUUCUGCACACUAUGGUGGGGAGCCAUUUUGAUUAAGGCUCGCUCCUCCGUGCAUCAGGCUCUAAAUAAUGCCUAUAUAGGGCACUAAUUAUAUUCACACAAAGGAGUCAUUUGGAGUUCAGCUGACUCAUCCCUGCAUAAGAGUGCUAAAUACAGACACUUGUCCUCCUCGUUAGCUUUAUCAGACAGAAAGCUCAUUGUUAUGUAUGCCGCGUAUCCGUUUCAGACGCGAACAUUAAGUAGAUUUAGCUGUGAAGCGAGUGUCCCUCGAUCCGAUCAAGCAGGUUGCUUUCGGUUUGCUUAAACCAUGCCUGAAAAAGGCUUUUGUUUUAUUUUCAUCAACAGCUGUAGCAGCCUAAUAAUCGCCUGCCCCGCAGGGAUCCAGAAGAAUGCCGAUGACCUCUCUUCCUGUUAAACAACAGGAUGUCAGCGCUGCUGGGGUGUGACGGUGUUAGCACAGCUCUUUGAAUAGGUCCAUUUAUUCCAAUAUGCGGGAAAAUAAAGGUCUAAAAGCAGAGUUAGGGUUACGCCCUGAUCGCAAGAACAAAGGCAUGCCAAAUAAAUCUAGAUCCAGAUUUAAAGCCUAGACACCGAACCGGUUGGUUUAGAGCGAGAAAUUUCAAUACAUACCUCCGUGCAGUUCUUUUUCUGUCAAAUGUAAUCGUAUGGAAAAGUAAUUAUGAGAUGAGUAACAUAGGCUUUUUGUGUGUUAAAGUUUCACACCGCAAACUACGAAUGCGAAUUAACAAUGAAAUGUAAACUACUAACGCAGUCGGAACGAAACGUAAACUACAACCAAAAUCGUCAUGAAAUGUGAACUAAAAACGAGUGAUCAAACUACAAGCGUAAACUACAAACUUAGCGUAGUAAUGAAACCUAAGAUAAUAAUAUAGUAACAAAGCAUAAACUACAAACAUGAAAUAGUAAUGAAACGCAAGCUACAGACAAAAUAGUAAUGAAAUGUAAACUACUAACGCAGUCGGAACGAAACGUAAGCUGCAACCAAAAUCGUAAUGAAAUGUGGGCUAAAAACAAGAAUAAUGAAGCGUAAACUACAAGCAUAACAUACUAAUAGAAUGUAAACUACAAACAUAAAAUAACAGUGAAGCAUAAACUAUAAACUUAACAGUAGUGAAACAUAAACUACAAACAUAAUGUAGCAACAAAGUAAACUACAGAGAUAAAAUAGCAGUGAAGCAUAAACUACAAACUUAACACAGUAAUGAAACCUAAACUACGAACAUGAAAUAGUAAUGAAACACAAACUACAAACAUAAUCUAGCAACAAAGUGUAACCUACAGAUGUAAAAUAGCAGUGAAGCCUAAACUACAAACUUAACACUAAUAAAUCAUAAACUACAAACAUAAUCUAGCAACAGAAUAAACUACAGACAUAAAAUAGUAGUGAAGAAAUAAACUACAAACUUAACACAGUAAUGAAACCUAAACGACGAACACAAAAUAGCAAUGACGUGGAAACGAUAAACUUACCACGGUAAUGAAACGUAAACUCUGAACAUAAAAUCGUACUGAAACGUAACUCCAAACAUAAAAACGCGGCGAAUCGUAAACUACAAACUCCUCGUUUACGUUGUCAUUUACGCCUUUCAUUUCCAAAUGGUUACUGUUGAAAUCAAAGGCAUGCUUUGCGAUGUGUCAUUUCAACGUUGCGUUUCCAUACGAUGGCUUCAGACAGGAAAUGAACUCCACACACCUCUUAAGCACAUUAGCGUUCGCGUUAACGUGGGCGUGUUCUUUGACGCGACUGAUUCUGCUCCGAGGGCUUUGAAGGAGUUUUAUGGCAGCUUAACGUGACGCAUCAUCGUUUUGUAAAUACGUUUAGUAUCGUGUUGGGUUUUUUUUCUGACGCGUGUAGACAUGUUAAUUUAUUGUUUCAUUUUAUUAUUAUUAUUAUUUGAUUUUUUUCACAAAUGUUUUUGUUAUAAUAAAUAAAAAACUAAUUUUCAUCGUCA